GAGGUUCCAGUUGCUUCUGCUGGGCAUAUUCACAGUGCUCUUCAUGGAUGAAGGAGACAGAGUCCUGACCUCAAAAAGGAUUCGGGUUUGCUAUCACUGUGAUCACUUUGAUGGAUACAAAUGCCUCACCCACUUGAAAAGGUGCUGGAAGUUCAAUCUAAUGGCAUAUAACAGGACUUGUACCACAGAUCACUAUUACUAUAGUGAUCGCAUUACAGGUGAAGGACCCACGACCGAGUCGCGCUCAAAGCCGGGGACGAGCGCGCCUGGACCUGGCGAGCUAGCGCACCGCGGCACCCGCAAGUGCCGCCCCAGCCCGGGGUGGAAGCAGACGGGCGGACGAGCAGUCCCCGGGCACCGGGGUUUCGGUUUUGCCAUGAUUGUAAUUUCUAUGAUGGAUUCAAGUGCCGUGGUCCCAAGAAACGUUGCUGGAAGUUUAAUUUAUUCCUGUCAUACAAUAGGAGUUGUACCACAGAUCACUAUUACUAUAAUGAUCUAGUUACUGGCAGAUAUCUGUAUUAUUAUACAAAACUGUCGUGUAAUCCUUGUGAAGAGGGAAUGUUCCAAGUAUUCCAUGACUUACUGAGAGAAACACAUUGCUGCACUAAUGAACAUAUGUGUAAUACUGGAAACGAUAAUUUGGAAAAGUCGGCGCUUUUUGGAGAAGAUAAAGAAUACACUAUACAUGAUGAUAUCCCACCUCCGGAGGACGGGGGAGCCAGCCCACGUACUCCCAGCCCAACUGUCCCUGAAUCUACCCAUAGAAGCUCUGUGUACCCUGUGUCAGUGUUUCCAUCAAGAGGAAAAUAAGAGGGGCACCUGGGUGGCUCAGUCGGUCGAGCAUCUGACUUCGGCUCAGGUCAUGGUCUCACGGUUC